UCUGCCAAAAUCACUAAAGUCUCUUUCAUUUUUUUUUUCUCUUGCUCUAUCAACACGCACAGAAAUCUACGAAAUCUUGAAGCUUGAAUGCAUUAUUGACAACAAAAUCUCCUAAAUCAUUAAGUUUGAAGGCAUUAUUGGGAGCAAAACAAUUCAUCUACCACUUGUAUCUACAUCUAAGGUUUGAUAUGAAACCAUCAAAGGAUGAAAAUGAGGUGGCAUCUAGGGUGAAAGCUACUACCAAAUAUGCAUAUGUGGCACCGGGUGUUGUAGGGAAGGGACGAGGAAGAGGGCUUAAAUCUAUGUUGUCUCUAGGGGUGUCAAGAACUGAUAUUCCAUUUUCUCCAUCUACUGAUCAUGUUAUGCAGUACAAUCAAUUUACUGAAACGAGUGUGGUUGCAAAGGGACGACGAAAAGGUCUUAGAUCUAUGUCUAAUGCUCGAGGAGUGCGAACAAUGAACAAAAACUACUUGAGUGUUGAGAAAGGAGAUAUUCCAUCUUUUUCAUCUACUGAAGAACUUAUGCAAUACAUCAAAACAAAUUCAUCAAGUGCUCAAGGAAAGUCUCAAGGGCUUAAAUCUGUGUGCUCAAUUGAAGAUUCUGAAAAUGAGGAGCGAUCUUUCAAUCAAAAUGCUCGUUAUGUUAGUCAAAGUAUGCCAAGACCUUCUGCUUCUCAAGGAUGGCGAACAAUGAAUAAAAAGUUUUUGGCUUUUGAGAAAGAGCAUAAGCAAGCUGAUGUUCCAAUUUCUCUUUCUACUGAUGAUGUUAUGGAGUCCACCCCAACAUUUGAAACAAGUUUUUCUCAAGGAUUGAGAACAAUGAAUAAAAAGUUUUUGGCUUUUGAAAAAGAGCAUAUGCAAACUGAUGUUGCAUUUUCUUUUUCUACUGAUAAUGUUAUGGAGUCCACCCCAACAUUUGAAACAAGUUUCUCUCAAGGAUGGAGAACAACAGAUAAAAUUGUUUUGGCUCAUGAGAAAGAGAGUUUGCAUUCUGAUAUUCCAAUUUCUCCUAUUGAACAAGUUAAACAGUUUGCCCAAACAGCUGAAACAAGUUCAUGUGCUACUGGAAUGGAUAAAAAGGUUCGAGGAAGUAACAAGUGCAAAGAAGUUGCAUCGCUUGAUAUUGGACAAAAGCUAAAAGUGACAUUUUACAAUAAUCGAACAGUUGGGAAGAAUAGUAAUCUAUUUUUGAGGCACUUGGGAAAAAUAGUUUGUGAUCGUAAUAUAUGUCCGUUGGGAGUAUCAUCAUGGAAACACAUUAAGGAGGAAAAGCUAAAUCACAUGUGGGCUGUUGUUAAGGAUAAAUUUGAUAGUGAUGACAUGAAUAGUCAUCGAGAUCAUGUUUUGGGGUGGAUGAAAGAGUUAUGGAAUAAAUGGAGAGGUCAAUUGCAUGCAAACUAUGUGAAGGGUAAGCCUAUACAAGAGGCUCUUAAGAAUAUACCUAAGGGGGUAGAAAAGAAGCAAUGGGAGUGGUUGGUAAAAGAACAUUUUACUUCAAAAGAUUUUCAGGCUCAAAUUCAAGAAUUGGUGGAGUCUGAACCAUCACUUUCUAGCAUAGAAAUUGUUGAGAAAUGCUUUGGACCUCAAAGUCGUAGUCAUGUAUUUGGCUUUGGAGGUGGAGUAAAAGCAAGAGAUUUGAAAGGUGGGGCUUCCUCAAAACCUGAAUUGUUGGCUGAGCUACGUUCAACUCAAAAAGAAAAUCAGUCUUUGAAGGAUUGCAUAUCUAACUUUCAAAAUGAGAUGAAAGAAUUAAAGCAAUUGAAAGAAUUUUUUUUAGCGCAACACCCUAAUUUCCAGCCUCCAAUUCAAGAGAAUGACUAUUCGGAUACUUGAUGAUACCAU